AUGCCUAUCCAUGUCAGAAUCCCGUUAGACCGCAUCAAGCCAUCCCUCCACAAGAUCGAACUGACACACAUAGAUCGAUUUCUCACUGGUGAUCAGAAAAAACGUAUUGCUCAGUUCUACCGAGAAGAAGCUGCGAAAAGAACUCGCUACGUAUUGGAACCUGUAUGGACCAUCCCUGCAUCUGUCCAAUUAGUCAAAGUUUAUCAACCAGAAUCAUGUACAGAACCGAUCAUUGCAGAACCAGAAGAAGUGUUAGAAGAUAUGCCUGAAGACAUAUCCACUCCCCAAGACCACCAUGUACCUACAGAAGAGUAUGAGGAAUCAGACUGCUCCUCAUCACCUGACACGAUCGUUACCGAUAGCGAUGAUAUCGAACCCGUCGACACCGAAGCCCUUGAAGUCGGAAGGUCACCGUUAAGUGAGCUCAGCUCUGACAGCAGCCACAUAAGCAGUCACGACUCAGACCCAGUCCAAGACCGAAUCACGCAGUUAUUACAGAAGAAUAAAGGGUCAUACAAUGAUUUUAAGAAAGAUGUCCUCACUAUGAGCAAGUUUACUAAAGACUUUGGAGACAUCUCCAACACACAGUUAAAAAGAUUAAUCUAUCAGGAAAAAACGAGGCAAAUAAAAGACCUUCGAAAACGACACCAGCAAUAA